AUGUGCUACCAACUCGUUGAGCUGUACUCGGCCUGCAAGUGCCUCUACUACCAACACGCCAUCGACAGCUGCGCAAGCUAUGGUCGACCGGGCCAUCAUGUCCAGCAACGAACCAUCUACGUUGGCUACGCCUGCAGUGCCCACUCGUCAACUAGGGGGACCUACUCGUCCGAGUACAGCGGCCACGAUAGGUACUCGGACUCUGGCUACUACAGCGGCCAGUCCUCGUCCAGGGGCUCGUCUGGCCACUACCGGUGCUGGGCUACUUACCUGUACUCCUUCCGGGGAAGGUCCAGAUCGCGAGCCCAGCUCCCGUCACAGCUCGCAUUCCUCUUCGUGGGCCACGACCGCCUCACGCAGAGCUCCGCUCCGCCAUGA